AUGCCAGUCCCCGUACCGCGCUUCAUCAAGCCCGCCGCCCACCCCGUCAUCAAGAAACGACAGAUCGACGACGGCAAUCACCCCAUCCACAGUCUGACGCGCACGCUCCCCGUGUCGCCCACCGGGCCUCCUCCUUCCUUUGGUACAAGGGAGGAGUGGAUCAACUCGCUCCCCACCUGGCGGCGCACGAAGCCCCGCAGGAUCUGGGAGGAGGACGCCCGGCGCGACGACUCGCCGCCGGAUUUUCACCAAGGGUUGGCCCGCGCGGAGAACGCGUCGGCCAUUAAAGGACAGUGUGCUGAAGCAUACGUUCCGCCCAUGCUUCGUGGCAGCCGCAACACCUGGAGCGGUUCGCUGCGCAGCCGAGAAUCCGGUGCAGACAUCGAGAUGGACUACGUGUCGCCUGCUGCGGAGGCAGACAACAAGGAGGACAACAUGAGCGACUACAGCUUCAGCUCGGGCUCCGACUCGGAGCAGGGCGACGCGGAGCCGCUGCAUGACGCCGAGAUGGCAGACGGGCAGAUGUACGAGAGGGGCGCCUUCACGCCGGUGUUCGAGGCGGACUCGCCGAUUGGCGCUGACCCCAGUUCGAGCCCGCUCGAGCCGGUCACGCCGUUUGGGGAGUUUGUCGACAGGGCGGUCGUGCGCACUAAGAGCUCGGUCUCUUACGAUGGCUUCAUGGAGGGCGUCCGCGGCAGCGAUGCUGCCGUACUCGCCAAAGCUCCGGUAGCUGAGCGCCGGGAGCAGAAGGAGCCCGCUCCGAGUGUGCAGGAAGUCUCGACUCCCAGCGCUAGCAUCGAGUACAAGAAGCUGGCAGGCCCGCUCGCAGAAUGGAUCACCAACUACGUGUGGCAGGUCUGCACAACCGGGCUUAGCCUGCAGCCGCUGUACAGCCAAGGUAUUCCUGUCCCCGGCUUUCCGUCGACGCCGCCGAGCAACAUCGCGACGGCCGUCCACUCGCUUCUGCUGUCGACGCUGCUUCAGCCCUCGGCCGUGUUCCUCGCCAUCUGGUACAUCGCCCGACUUCCCGUCUACUUUGGCCCGACCGCGCUCGGCCCCGACCAUGUCAAGGAACACCGCUUCCGUCACGAAUUGCUGGGCGGGUACACCGACCCAGACACGAUAAUGCAGAGUGCUCCUUUCCGGGUCAUCGUACUCGGGUGCAUGUUCGCCAAUAAGUGGCUGGACGAUCACACCUUCUCCAACAAGACAUGGCAAGCGAUUACCAACAUCCCUAUCCAGUCCAUCAACCGUCUGGAGUCGCUCGCGCUGGCCAUCUUCGACUUCAAUAUGUCCGUUCCACCCACGGCAUGGUCGCAUUGGCUAUCGCACGUCAUGAACUACCACCUCGCGCUCUCGCCGCCUUCUCAUCAGCCUAUCGGCCGGCCGUCUUCUAACCCGCACUUGAUUGUAAAGAGGGUCAUCGAUGAGAUUACACAGGCACCGUUCGCCUGCGAGUCAUCAUCGCCGACCCCGGAGCCUGUGUUCAUUGGCCUGGCAGAGCGCCGCCGGGAGCUUAUUGAGAAGGAGAUGGCGAUGAACGCCGACGCGUUGGAGAUCGACCUCGACGAGGACGGCCCGCUCAGGGAGGAGUACGUGCCCCGGCGCCGUACCAGCGCCGCGAGCUCGACGUGGAGCAACUCCUCCCGCGAGCAGAACAUUCCGCCUCUGGAAGCGCCGGUGGCGCACACGGCGUUGAAGGGCGGCGACUGGCCCGCAGUGAACGCGAAGGCGAGGGGCGAGUUGCCACCUCCCGCGCGCUGGAGCCCUGCCGCGGAUGAGCCGAUCCUGCGGGACAGCCAUCGCGCGAACCGACCUUACGUCGCCGUCCAGCCCGUCGUUCCUAGUGCGACCCAAGCGCCGCUGUACCACGUCCCGCAGUCGGGCUUCCAAGCGCCUCCCGAGCCCGCGUAUGAUCCGCACACCCAGUGGGCCGUUGGCGCCUAUGCGCCGCCCAUGGUCCCCGCCUACAACCCAUACCCGUCGUACGCUCUACCGGUCGCGCCCGCCAUGUCCCACUCGCGUUCGCAGUCUCUUUCUUACGAUCAAGAUAAUUCGUACUCGCAUAAUCACGCGCGCUCGUAUUCGCAACACAGGGACUACCGCUGCCACGGAGAACUCCGCAUGCCGCUCAACGUCAGCGAGCCGCUGCCCAGCAUGGCCGAUCCUCUCCAGUGGCAUGCCCUCGGCGCGUACGGCGUCUACCCACAGCCGGCGUACCCCCGACACGUCAACAUGGACUACGUGUCCCCCUGGUGA